UAAUAUCGCAAAAUUUGUAAGGAGCCCAAAGGUACUUCGUUGAGCCUGCGUUUCCACAUACCCGACACUCGAGAACAACCAAACAUCACCCAACUGCCAAAGUACGAUGAACAAGAACUAGAGAACAAGAAACCCCGGUAACAAAACAGGGACGCCACGCUCUGCAACGAUCUUGAUGACCAUGGCUUCCUCUUCGAUGCACCACCAGCUGUCUUUCGGCAAACACCCUCUUCUUCCUCGUGAUUCCUGGCUGCAGCCCCGUCCCCGAUUCCCGUCCGCUCGCUUCCCCUCGUUCAGUGUCCGAGGCAGCUCUGCUCUUGCUGUUGAGCCGGACACGGGAACUCAGAAAGAUCAAACUUUGGAGGUUGAGAUAUUUUCUUGCCCAAUAUGCUAUAAACCCUUAGUAAGAAGAGGCCCAUCUGGUCUAAACUUGGAAGCCGUGUAUAGGUCUGGUUUUAAGUGUAAAAAAUGCAAUAAGUCAUAUUCCAGCAAAAACAACUUUUUAGACCUCACUCUUACUGCUGGUUUGAGGGACUACGUCGAAGUCAAGCCAGCGCGGACAGAACUAUUCAGGAGUCCCCUUGUUUCAUUCUUAUACGAGAGAGGCUGGCGUCAAAAUUUUAACCGCAGUGGCUUUCCUGGUCAAGAUGAAGAAUUUAAAAUGGCUCAAGAGUACUUCAAACCUGCAGAGGGUGGCCUUCUAGUUGAUGUUAGCUGUGGAAGUGGUUUGUUUUCCAGAAAAUUCGCAAAAUCCGGGACUUAUUCUGGAGUAAUUGCUCUUGAUUAUUCCGAAAAUAUGCUACGCCAAUGCUAUGAUUUCAUUAAACAGGAUGAUGCUGUUUUAAAAGCGAAUCUGGCUCUUGUUAGAGCUGAUGUUUCAAGGCUUCCAUUCUCAUCUGGUUCAGUUGACGCUGUACAUGCUGGGGCGGCAUUGCACUGCUGGCCUUCCCCUUCUAAUGCUAUUGCAGAAAUUACUCGAGUAUUAAGAAGCGGCGGAGUUUUUGUGGGAACCACUUUUCUCCGGUACACUCCGUCCACUCCCUGGAUACUGCUGCCUUUCAGACAGAGAACUGCGCAGAAUUACAGCUAUCUGACCGCCGAAGAGAUUGAGGAUUUGUGCACAUCAUGUGGUCUAACCAAUUACACAAGCAAAAUUCAGCAGUCCUUCAUCAUGUUCUCUGCUCAGAAGCCUUGACACCAAGUAAUGCUCAAAAUUAAGAUAUUAUUUGCCCCAUGAUUAGUUUCAGUGUUUCUUCCUUAUCAAUAAAGUGGGUCACUACAUGAUUUCUGUGAGCAUAUGACAUUGUGAGCUUGAGUCCUGGGGAGGUGUAAAGUAUUGUAUUGCUACCAAUAAGAAAGAAAUGCAUUUUGGUGUCAGGAUGAUAAUAUUAUAGGGCCUUCUUUGAGAGCUUCGAGAGGGACUGAAAUGACAGUGCAACGGCCAACGCCACGGUCGAGUUUUUUUGUUAA